ACAUCAUGCACAUAUUAACCUAACGUCGACCAAUACCGGCGGAGGAUGACACUUAUUAUGUAGACCAUCCAUACCUGAAGACACACAGCUGCGCACAGAUAUAACCAUUAUACAACCACACCAUAGUUUCACGCUGUGAGGAAAUGAAGAAAAUUAUUUUCUUAGUCAUCUGUGUGACGUCGCUUCCAGUAUAUUUCUUCUGUCUUGCACAAAUGAAAAACGUUAUUUCUGCUCUACACGUCUUCACUCGUUUUGGAACGAAGUCUGACAAGAUUCACACUCGUCGGGCUUCACCAAGUGUCACCCGAACAAUUCAGCAAGAUGAGACAACUCGUCCAAACCAGUAUGGCGUCAUACCGGAUGUAGCACCACCAAUGGACGUCUUGGUUGACAAAUACAUAAUUUAUGACUGCAAUUAUGUUUGUGGCGGUCUGGCUGACAGACAGAAAGGUAUAAUUACAUCAUAUUUAGUAUCACAGAUGUUAAAACGAAACUUUGGAUUAUCCAUGAAAAGACCUUGUGAAUUUUCAAAUUUUGUCAUUCCAAAUCUGGUUGAAUGGCGUGUUGAAAAGACAAAGCUUAAAGGUCGGAGUCACGAAACUAAGAGAAGCAUUAAUAGUAGAUGGCUUGGACAAGAAAUGAAACACAAGAGUCUGGAAACGAUGUAUGACAAGGAUGUGACUUUCUACAUGGGAAAUAUAGAUUAUGUGCCUAGUCUCAUGCAGAACCCACUCUUUUCUACUGUGAAAUGGGCACAGAACAAAAGUCACCAUGAUAUAUACAGAAUCGCAUUUUCUCAGCUCUUCCGGUUUUCCCCCAAUACACAGUCAAAGUUCGAUUCCUUUAACGCUAAAGAAGAAAGAGCAUCUAAAACCUUAAUUUGCGCACAUCUACGUAUGGGGAAAUCAAAUACCAUACCCAGUGAUGAUGCUAAAAAGUCCCGACCUGAUCUGGAUUCACUAGUUCUGUUUUUACAGAAACAGAUACAGUUUGCUGAUUCGUGUAGAUUGUUCAUAGCAACGGACUCGGACGAGGCCAGAGUUGUGUUAAAACGAGCGUUUCCUGAACAUUUCCUGGAGAUCGAAGGUCAAAUAGUUCACAUCGACCAGCCUCACGGAGGUGCUGUUUGUUCUGGCAUGGAGAAAGCUAUUUUAGAUGAAUAUAUUCUCUCAACGUGUGACACUCUGAUAAUGUCGAGAAGUGGUUUUAGCCGAAUGGCUGCCGUCGUGAGGGGCUCUGAUGAGGGAUUGUUUUGUGCUACCCAGAAGAACAUAACACGAAGCAAACGAUUAAACCCAACAUAAAUGCUUGAAAUAAUUACACCAAAUGUUGUUGAAUGAUUUCAAACAUUAUUGCUUCCUGAAAAAGCUUCUUGUCUACGUAGCACUGAAUGUACCUGAAACACAACUUGACAGUAUUCUUUCUGAAGCAAGUGAUAUCCGGGUGCCAUAUACCUUGAUAUAGAAAUGUAUGGCUUAUGUGUUGAUAAUAAUAUCAACAUUCACACACUAACAUACGUUGAACCCCGUGGAAAUUCCGGGUUUGUUUAAUCUUUGCUCAGAAGCUUUGCGAUCAAGUUUACAACAUGCAAGGCCCCAGUAAAGCUUUCAAAAAGUUUUAUGUCAAACAUGAGGAGUACAUUUCCAAAUUUGACGCAUCAGUGACAAGAACAUCCGAUGUAAUUCCCUAUUUUGACUUGUACCAUAUGCUCCCGU